CAUGCAUAGAAUGACCUUUGACCCAAGUCACAUGGUUAUCUCUCUCCCAAUACAACGAAUAAAAGGAUGGAAUAUUAAAAAGAAUAAAUGUGCUCUGCUUGGAAAGUGUGGGAGAGUGAGUAUGUCUCUUUACCGAGUCUUGGUGUCGUCUCUCAAGGAAACCAAGGCUCUCAAGUGUUGUACACUAGUGCGCUCCUACACUACUCCCCCUCCGGCUAGGAGCAAGAGCAAGGACUUGUAUGGUGUCAUGGGGAUCACUCCAAAUGCCACUCAACAGCAAAUCAAGGAGGCCUAUUAUAAACGAUCCAUGGAGUAUCAUCCAGACAAGAACAAGAACAGUAAAGAAGCUCACACUAAGUUCACAGAGCUGACAGAGGCUUACUCAGUACUGGGCAGUCAUGACCUACGCAAGAGAUAUGACAAGGGCUUAUAUCAUGGCCACCCUCACAAACACGCCCCCGCACACACAGCCUCACAAGAAGCACAUCCUCAUGACACCACUGUACGUGCAGGACAGAAGGCCAAGUUUGAUUUUGAUGAAUUCUAUCAAGCUCAUUAUGGGGAGGCACUAAAAAGAGAGAGAGAAGCUCGUAGGAGUGCAGCGGAGGCUAGAGAGAGGGCUAAAGUAUACACCAUCUCUCAGAAUAUUCAACAAGUGCUCAUAGUGUCAGUGGUGCUCAGUGUACUGGCUGUCGGCUGGUAUGGGGGCCAACUCAAACACAGAGGAAAGAACUAUCCGUGAACACUUUAUAAUUAUAUAGCUUUAUUAUCUAUUUUGUCCACAUCAGUUCACAAUAAACUUUAUACAACAUCAGUUUUGUAUUAUGAAGAUUAUUAUGAAGAUUGCUAUAACAAGAA